AUAUUUGGCAUUUUCUACAACCUGCUGCUGAGUGCUCUUGCAUGGUCACUUGGUGCCUGUUGGUGUGGCAUGUGCCAGGGUUUAAAGUUGGGAGUGUCAUGUACCCAGUCCCUCAAAAUGUAUCACCUGUGCAAUGGAUUCUGGCCCAGGUGGCGGCCAAGUGUGGUGUCUCUGACGGGCGACAGCUCACCGACAGUCUAUUACACCUCAUUAACUUAGACUCUAACAUCACAAACGUUGCCUCUGCUCCAUCAGAUUCAUCAGUCCCUGUAUCUCAUAACUUCCCCUAUCAGUACCAUCCUCAUCAACUGCAGGGAAGCUUGCAAGGAACUACUAGUGAAAAUCAGUUUGCUGGAUUUCUUGCCUCCAUAAACCAAAGCAACGGUCACAGUACAAAUAGCAGUCAUCUCUACACCAUAAGUGGCAAUAGUCUAAGCACAUCUCAAAUCAACAAGGUGAAGAUUACACACCUCAGGGCCUUUCGACCUGCGAUCAGUUGAACCCCAUAGAAAGUGGUUUGUUUUUGACACCCUCAAGUAAUACCGCAGACAACCUCUUGGGUGGGUCUUGUUGGCUUGGUGAGCCACAUAUCAGGAUGGUGUUACCUGUAUGUGGCCAAGAGAUAGUAACAAUAACAAAGACAAGUAGCAGCCAUAGCACCUCUUCAAAGAAUUCUUCCAGCAACAAUAGUAGUAACAGCAAGAACAAUAGUAACGGCAAUAACAACCAUAACAAAAAGCAUAAGAACCACUAUAAUAACAAGACUGAGCAGGGUGAUCAUAGCAAUCAGUAUUGUGUCCGUGGCAGUAAGCAAGAAAGUUUAGGCCAUGACACUUGUAGUACAGCACAGGACAAGGAGAAGCAUGAUAGCGAGCGGCUCUCACACCCAAAGGUACCUGUGGCCAAUAAAGCAGUUGAUGCAAAGGAGGUGGAGAAACUCCUGCAGGAUGCCCUCUGGAAGGGCAGUCAGCAGCAGAAGAAAAGCGAUAAUAGGUCGGAGUGUGCCAGCAGCAGUGGAGGCAGCGACACAGGCUACUCAUCACGUUGCUCCACUCCCCCUGGACCUCAGAGCCUAUCUCUUGACCACACACUAGAUGCCGCAGAGCCCAAGCUUGCCACUAAACGGCAUCUGGAUGUGCCUGGCAGAAGGGGCAACAACAGCCGGGAUUCACGAAGUGAGUCCCCAAGCACUUCCAGUGUCAGUUCUCAGGGAUCAUACCACAACCCACGCCAGAAGAGGAGAUACAAUAGCAAUGCUGAUGGCCAGAACACACAACCGCAACAAAUCUCCGGCCAGCAGGGUGGUGUUGUAGGUGGAAGGGGGAACCAUCUGUACUACAACUCUUUUCCAGAUGUAGCUAACAGAGACUGCACCAACUAUCAUAACCGAAGAUACGAGCGAGGUUAUAAUAAUUAUGGUUAUCAUGGGCACUAUGAUUAUUAUCCUUCACAUCAUCACUACAACAAUAGUGAUGGAAGAUAUAAUCAUGGGUACAAUAACAGGUACCAUAACAACCACAGAAACCACUACAACAACCACUGCCCUCCACAUAACACUAAAAAUAAUAGGGACCAAGGCAAACUGCCAGUGAGUGAACGUGCUGGGACUUUCAGCAGUGAGCGAAUAAAUACAAACUUCCAGUGGAAGAGUGAAGUGGUGGGAACUCCUAGUGAUCUGUUAAAUGGGUCAGAGUGGGACAACCUUUCACAGCAAGUUUGGGACACGUUCCAGUGCCACCAGCAGACGGACAAAACCUUUGUUAAGAAGAUGAAACUGAAGGAUAAGAUUUUCAAAGUGAUUAGGAACGUCCUACCCAUGUGUCGCUUGUUUGUGGUGGGAUCCUCUCUGAGUGGCUUUGGUGCUGACAGUAGUGACGUAGACAUGUGCCUCAUGGUGACGCCCGGGGACCUCGACCAGCGCAGGGAGGCCACAGCCGUUCUCCGCCUGCUACAAAGAGAACUGAACAAUUGUGGUUUCAUUCAGAAGAUGGAACUGAUCCGUGCUAAAGUUCCCAUCCUCAAGUUCAGAGACUCUGACUCAGAAAUUGAUGUCGAUCUCAACUGCAACAAUGCUGUAGGGAUCCGCAACACUCACCUUCUGAACUCCUAUUCUCAGUUGGAUUGGCGAGUUCGUCCCCUGGUGCUGGUAGUGAAGCUCUGGGCACACUACCAUGAUAUAAACAAUGCCAAGGAUAUGACCAUUUCCUCAUAUUCUUUAGUCCUCAUGGUCAUACAUUACCUGCAGCAUGGAACAGAGCCACCUUUAUUGCCAUGCCUUCAAACAUUUGGUGAAAAAUUCCGGCCUAAUGCUCAUAUCCUCAGCUUCCCAGUCACGGAAAAGAUGCCCACUUUCACAUCUAACAACCAUGACAGCUUAGGAAAACUUUUCCAUGGGUUCCUGGAUUAUUUUGCGAAUACUUUCACAUUUAUAGAGGACACAAUCUCAGUAAGGACUGGAGCCAUGCCAACGAGUCAGUGCCGUUCUGUCAGGUCUCGCAAGAACGAUUCCCGCAUGUGGAAAUAUCUGUGCAUUGAAGAACCUUUUGAUCUGACCAACACAGCAAGAUCUGUUUAUGAUGGAGAAGUAUUUGGAGUGAAAAAGGUGUUUGGUGAUUCUUUCAAACUCUUGGCCGAAUCAAAGGAUCUGUCACCAUCAUGUUCUUCAAGUGAUAUAGUUGUGGGAGAUGCAUGUGUUACAGAUGAGGCUCAAUUACUUAUGUUUAAGGGUGUAGGUAAAUUGUGGUUCUUUAGAUUUAUAUUUGUGUUUCCAUUGAAAAUAUUUUUUUUUAUGACAAUGUGUCUUGGCAAGUGUAAACACUGUCAUGCCUCACAUAUAUACCUCAGGAUAAGUGGCCAGAAAUGGAUCAUAACGGGAGGUCCUCAGAUUUUUUGGAUAGAAGUAUGGACACGAUACCUAUAUUGUGGGCUCUUCAGUAAAGAGUUGUGUGAAGUGCUCGACAGUAUGACACUGAAAAAAUUUGUCCUUACUAAAGUGUAA